UUAUCACUGGCACUUGAAAGAAAUGAAGGAUUGAAAGUGAUGUGCAUUGAGAGAUGUGCUCUGGCGGAUGAUGGCUGUAUGUUGAUCAGCACAUCUCUUAAACUCAACUCGACACUAAAUGGGCUGUCGUUUCCGGAGAACCGGAUCUCAUCUUUAGGAAUGGGAUAUUUGUGUCGAGGUCUGAAGCAAAAUAAGGGAAUUAGAGAGUUAAAUUUGGAUAGCAAUGAGGUCGGAGAUAGAGGUGGCGGUCGGUUAUUAUUCUCGAUUAUUCGUCAUUGCUGCUUCUUAACGGAGUUGAACUUGUCAGAAAAUUUAUUAGGAGACGAUUGCAUUGAAAGGUUAAGCCAUUCAUUGUUAUUCAAUAGGUCGUUGAAAUGUUUGAAACUUGAAAACUGCGGCCUCACAAAGAAGAGUUGUUCAUUUUUGAAGAGGCCGUUGAAGACGAACACCGAUUUAUCAAUUCUGAGCUUGGAUUUGAACCAGCUGAAUGAUGAUGGCGUUGAAUGUCUGGCGGAGGGCAUGCAAUUCAAUCGGUCGCUGACGGAACUGUCACUC